AUGGAACAUCGCAAUCGCAGUAACACUCCCCAGGAGAUACAUCCCAAGUCGCAGGAAUGGAUUCUUGAUUCUAAUAGUGGACUUUACUGGAACAGCUUUCAUCGCGUCUGGGCCAAGUAUGAGGACGAAAAAUGGACGUACGCUGAUCAAGACGGAAACCUGGUCGAUAAUCCUGACGGCGGGGAUUCGAAACCCUCAUCGUCUUCUCAAAGAACUUUCGCAAAAUGCAGGACUGACAUAAAACCAUCCAACGGUCAAAGAGGAACGGUAGCCUACCAGGAUAUAUACGAAGAAGAGGAAGGCGAACUGGCCAGCGAGCAUCUCGAUCGCCGUCCAAGGCGUGAUGGGGUAUCGAAAGUGGCUACCCAGCAAGAAGAACGAGAUGAUCAAGAAGAAGGUGAACUCGAUAGCAUCGAAGAGGCCCUACUUGAUUUCCACGAUUCUAUACCGGCCCCUGAGCCACCUCGACCAUUCCCGAUCCGGCUCGUCGCCCUCCCUAAGGCGCGUACAUCGGCAGUCGACCCAGCUCGCAACCUCUUAAUCCUUCAACCCGGCGUGGACGAGCCAAUGAUUAUUGGAAGAGAUCGAACGUUCGAGCCUUCGCUCCGACUCAAAGAAAUGGAAGUCUCAAAAACACAUGCAACGCUCUUCUGGCGAGCCGACGGUGACCAUGCCUCUCAUGGCUGGCAUAUUGUCGAUAAUGCGAGUACCCACGGUACUUUCAUAUCCCCCUCGCACGCUCCUCCUCGUGUUACCCCGAAUCGGUUAUCAAAAGCCAGGAAAGCUAGUCUACCCCAGAAGCUCAAUCACCUCGAUACCAUAAUGGUCGCGUCAGCCGAGGAUCCUGUGCUUUCAUUUCAGGUUCAUUUGCAUCCAAGAUUCCCUUCUUCCUGUCAAGCAUGUGCCCUCUCUCCCGAUGAAUCCAACCGAAUGAGUCUCGAUUCACAACAGCUGGCUGCACAAGAGGUAUCAAAGGUAGCUCAGCCACGCGAAGAGGAGCGAUAUGCGAUGAACCCGGCCGAAGUAAAGGUCGAACGAGAACGAAAACGGAAGAUCGAGAUGGCCAAGCUGAGGAACCAAUUCUUCGGCGGCGACGCCGAGUCAGCCCCGAAGAAAUUGAAGAAGCCCGACUGUUCGGGCGCAUUCGUGAAUCAGGAAGCGGGUGACGAAGAGAGUCCUCCUCCCCAGGCGGAGCCGAAGCAGUAUCUGGACAGGGCCAAGUUACGUCGACAGACUCACGGUCGAUGUCAGCCAGCUCCGAAACAGAAGUCAAGCCAGUCACACGUGACAGCAGGACCCAGUCGAGUGUCCCAUGAGACCCAGGAACCAGAGUCAAUGAGACGCGGAGAAGCCAUGCUGGCCAAACUCGGCGGAACCUCGGAGUCGCUUAAAACGAUGGGCACACUCAUCGAGGCCCGGACGCUCGGAUCCUCUCAGGCUGGUUUGGGAAGCAGAGAACUCGUCAUAGGGGUCGAGAAUAUCGCUCGUCCUAAGGACUGGAGACAGGAGGCUAAAGAAGCUAACUGGAAACGCUAUGGAACUUCCAAAUAA